AUGGCGCCUCGCCGGAUAGGUGAUGCGGUUGGCUGCGCAGCGUGUGGCGGAGGAGACGCGCUCGAAGAAGGUGGCGUGGCGUGUGAGCGGGGCGUCGGGGGAGCAGACGGCGGUGGCGGUGCCUGCACGGAGGUAGGCGGAGGAGCGGCGUUGUCCGGUGGGGGCGGUGCGACGGCGGGGGGAGGAGGCGGAGAGGACGUCGGCACCGGCGCCGGUGGCGGGGGCGGCAAUGCGGCUGGUGGACGGGCAGACGACGCCUCCGGUGGCGGAGGGGCAGUGUCAACCGGUGAAGGAGGAGGCGGCGCAAGCGCCGGCGCUGAUGGUGGCGGCGGAGUAGGAGAAGAGGCGGAAGGUGGUGGUGGAGCAGAGGACGAUGAUGACGGAGGAGGAGUGGAAGAAGAGUCAGGAGGCGGCGGCGAAGAGUCGGCCGGCAUUGACGGCGAAGAUGAGGAGGGAGGAAGGACAGUGCCCGGCGUUGCCAGCGUGUUUGCUGCGCCACCGACUGCCGCCGCGGCGGCACCAGUGGCCGGAGCUUGGAGCAGAGUUCUCAUUGUGAAGCAGUUCUACUACUGCAAGAGCUGA